CAGUAUAGUAUGAAAUGAAAAGAAGAGAAGUCGAUUCCUAUUUCGUCGUCAAGAAAAUUAUUUAGUUCCACGUAACGUGUCGUGGUAAUUCCGCAUAGAGUAUCAUGAAUAAAAGCACUGUGUAAUGUGCACGUAGGUAGUGUUUGCUGAUGAUCACGGAUUCGCCAUGGCAAGCAAUACAAAAAAUGCAUUGCAAAGUGCAGGACGUGGAGCUGGAUACAAUAUCAUUCUUCAGCUGCUGUUUCGCAUUGCCACAUUUGUCCUGAACGCCUUCAUUGUCCGGCGCAUCAGCAAGCAGCUGCUGGGUGUUGUUAACGUCAGACUGACUCUUCUGUACACGACGGGCCUCUUCCUGUCGCGCGAGGCACUGCGACGGGCAUGCCUCAGCAAGACGGACGAAGGCUGCAAUGUGCGACAUGUCGUCAAUCUGAUGUGGGCUACUGUACCGAUCGGUGUCCUCUGUACUGGUCUACUGUCCGCCGUGUGGAUCUUUCUGCUAGAGCAGCCGCCAGUUGUGGACAUUCCCGAUUACCCGCAGGCCGUGAUUGCGUUUGCUGUCUGCACGGUAGCUGAGCUGAUGGCCGAACCCCUGUACGUCCUGGCGCAGCGGUACUUCUACGUACGCGUCAAGGUGAUGGUGGAGGGCGGUGCACUGGCAGCGCGUGUUAUCCUCACCGGCACGCUGGUUGCCCUGUAUCCAGAAUGGGGACUCUUCUCGUUCUGCAUAUCCUACGUGCUAUAUGCCGUCGUGUUUGUCAUGCUCUACUAUGGCUUCUUCACAAGCGUGAUCAAGGAUAAAUCAUCGCCCAUUCCCAUCAGUUCGUGGGGCGACCUCUUGCCACAGCCAGCGCCAAACCAGCCGUUACUAAGCUUAUCGACGUGGACAUCACCCAGACUUGUCUACUUGGCGGUUAGCUUCUUCAAGCAGUCUUUCUUCAAGCAAAUCCUUACGGAAGGGGAACGCUAUGUCAUGACGUUCUUCAGAGCCCUGACCUUCCAGGAGCAAGGUAUAUUUGACACGAUCGCCAACCUGGGCUCGAUGGUGGCACGCUUUGUGUUCAUGCCGAUUGAGGAGAGCUACAGUGUCUUCUUCACGACAACAUUACAGCGUGGCCUGGUGGCUGACCAGCAACCGCCGGCGGUGGUGAAGACGGCAUCGUCGGCCCUCAGUGUGCUGCUCAAGUUUGUCUUUCUCGUCGGCCUGAUCAUCGUGGUCUUCGGAUGGUCAUACUCCUAUCUACUGCUAAUGAUUUACGGCGGCGACAAGCUGACUGCGUCUCCCGGACCGGCAAUUUUACGCACGUACUGCUUCUACGUGCUGGUGCUGGCUGUGAAUGGUAUGACGGAGUGUUUCUACUUUGCCACCAUGAGCAAAGAGGAGAUUGACCGAUACAACCGCAAAAUGCUGCUCUUCUCCUUCAUGCUGCUCGGUCUCUCCUGGCUGCUGACCACCACGUUUCUGGGUAGCUUAGGUUUCAUCAUUGCCAACAGCGUGCAGAUGUGUGCUCGUAUAGUGUACAGUGCGAGCUAUAUCCGCCGGUAUUUUGCAUCGGUGUCGGAGGACCCUCUCAGCAAGGCCAUGCCUGCACCAGCUACAUGGUUGUCAUUGGUUGUUUCGCUGUUUGUGACUGUCCUAUCCGAGCACAUCUUCUGCUGCAAUACGUCUCUGUUUCACCUGGCUAUCCACGUCGCAAUUGGUGCCGCGUGCCUUCUUAUGGUGUUGGCAUGCCUGUUCGUCUUCGAGAAGGACCUCGUGCAGUUUAUCCGGCAGAAUAUCCUCGCCAGGUCACGUCCUGACUAGGGUUCUCCGUUGUGACAAGGUUUGUUUGCAUAGUUGGAGUUGGGAAGUUUUCACAACUCAACUUUCCACAACUCCUCCCCGCUGUUUGCUGACUAAGAGUUUCCCGGCCUUGCUGGCUCGAUGAGAUAGCCUGAGGCUACUUCCAGCCAAGGGUUCUCUUUGUUGAACAGGCCCUUGUGGAACUGUAAUCUCAUCCUGGGUCACAUCGUUGAGAGAUGUAUGUGUGUGUGUGUGUGUGUGUGUGUUUCCUGAUUGGUAAGUUGGACUGUAGGAAAUCGUCACUGGCUGUUAUCAUGGUAACUUUACACGCAUGUUUUAUGAGUCCUUCAUAACCCACGCGGCAGCUGGUCUGCUUGCUAACUCAAUUUGAUCUUUUGAAUCUCCAUUUUUUGUGCAUGUACUUCCAUGCCUUCUCUUAUAGGUUUUCCAAGCUAGGCGUGAUUGAUUGAGAACUAUCUACGGUUUUUCUUUUGAAACGACAAUGGCGAGUGUUCACAGUCAGGUUAUACGAAAAGACUUUUGGAGGACUGGA